CUCAUUUGAUGGAAGCAUGUGAAAGAAAGAAAAGGAUUAUAACAAUAUUGAUCAUGCAUUUGGAGAUGUUGAAUUUAUUUACUUUGAUGACAAUGAUGUUAUGCUAUUUUGCUCUAAGUAAUCGUUUGAAAAAGCGAAAAAGGAAAUGGGAUUGUUAUGAAAGGAGUUUAGUAAGAGAAGUGCAUUUUCAAAGAAUUAUUUACACAAGUGAUGUGGCUUGUAUUGAGAAUACGAGGAUGGAUAGGCCCGCGUUCCAUAAAUUGUGCGAAAUGUUGAAAGGUAUUGGUGGACUAGUUCCUACUCGACAUAUGUGUGUUGAGGAGUUAGUGGCUAUGUUUUUACACAUAUUGGCUCACCAUGUUAAGAAUAGAAUGAUUAGAAGACAAUUUGUUAGAUCUGGCGAAACGAUUAGUAGGCAUUUCAUGAGUGUAUUACUAGCUCUAGUGAAGUGUCACAAGGAGCUGUUAAAACAACCCCAACCAAUUCUAGAGAACAAUACCGAUGAAAGAUGGAAAUAUUUCAAGAAUUGUUUAGGAGCUCUUGAUGGCACUUACAUCAAGGUCAAUGUGCCCGAAGCUGACAAAACUAGAUUCAGAAUAAGGAAGGGUGAGAUAGCAACAAACGUGUUGGGUGUAUGCUCACCAGAUAUGCAAUUUAUAUAUGUGUUGCCUGGGUGGGAAGGUUCAGCUGCUGAUUCUAGAGUCCUCAGAAAUGCUAUUUCUCGAACAAAUGGUUUAAGGGUUCCUCAAGGGUAUUAUUAUUUAUGUGAUGCUGGCUAUAUGAAUGGAGAAGGUUUUCUUACUCCUUAUAGAGGUCAAAGGUAUCACCUCAGUGAGUGGAGGAAUGGCUUACAACCGGCUACACCUAAAGAGUUUUUUAAUAUGAAACAUUCAUCAGCUAGAAAUGUAAUAGAAAGAUGUUUUGGACUGUUGAAAGGACGUUGGGCUAUAUUGAGAGAGAAGUCUUUCUAUCCUCUGAAAACUCAAAUAAGAAUUAUAACCGCUUGUUGUCUUCUACAUAACCAUAUUCGGAAAGAAAUGGCACGAGACCCUUUGGAAAGGGAUUUAGGAGAUGUUGAGUCCUCUAAUGAGUUCAUGUCCGGUGACAUGAUAACGGUUGUGGAGCCAAGUAAUGCAUGGAGUCAGUGGAGAGAUAAUUUAGCAUUGGAAAACUUUAAUAGAUGGAAAGGGGGAAACCAUAGAUAA